AUGCAAAUUGACCGUACUUUUUUGGAUCUGUUCUGGGGAUUAUCAGCUAGAGAUGAAAACCAGAGGAUAGAAGCCUCCAACAAGCUGGUAGAUUUGUUAAGUAGUAAAACGGGUGAAGUGAAAACCACUUACUUCACGUAUACAAGACAAAGGCUCGUUAAAGGUCUAAAGUCGUUUGAUGAGUCUACGAGGUCUAGCUAUGAGCACUGUCUUAUACGUUACCUCAAAGAUUUUCCAACAGAAACCUCAACCAAAGAACUAGCGGAAUCCAUGAGUGUUCAAGUUUUUGCCUCAGAGCCGUCCACUCAAAAUGAACGUUCGUCUGUGAAAUCAGCGUACUUAGCAUGCACAAGAGUGCUUUGUGCAUCUGGCAGAAUAAAGGAGAUUGAUGAAGAGUUCGCUGAAGUAUUGCUUCAACCUAUUAUCCUGUUGACAAAAUCCAUUCAUCAUAGAGCUGCCGCAUAUUUAGCAAUAUCGGAAAUGAGUCUUCAAGCACCUAAACAUUUAAUCGCAAAAUUGAGUUGUUUUUUGAAAGAAACAUGGCAAAACCUCAUGUCUUCAAACUCGGAUAUCACCGGAGAACUCCUGCUUGUCAUUCUGUCAUUUCAGCAUCGCUUUCAGAAACGUCUUCAAAAGCUAGAUAUUCCAGCAUUCAAAUUAUCUGAGAAACAGUAUCGUAGGAAGCUCUUAUUUGGAAUUCUUCAUUCUCACGAUGCCAUUGUGAUGCGGUUAAUCGAUGAAGUUUUAAAGCGCGAUAUCCUGAGUACUGUUUGGGAUUCUGUCAAAGCUACCUUAUGUUCUAAAGCCAAUAAAGCCAAAAAUACUUUCCGAUUUCUGCAAAUUGCCGCUCACAUCAUUUGUAAUGAGGAGGAUAAGUUUGAUUUCGUCUUAUCUAGUGAGGUCUUUGAGGGUUUCAGCAAGCAGUUAUCAGAUUGCAAGUACAGUUAUUUCCCUCAAGUCUCCCAUUUACUAAGAGUGAUGAUGGACAAGAUUAUUGGUUCCACAAAUGUUGAUGAAAAUCUCCAGAAAUCUGCGGUUUCUAUGUCUCCAGACCGGCUGUUAAAAUCGAUUGCUUUAAAUUACCCACUAUUUGACUUUUUUUGCGACUCUAGCUCCCCUAAGCCAUGUCAGAUUAUUUUUGAUUCUGCACCAUCGUCACUAUCGUUAGAUACUCUUCAGUUGUACGUUAAACAGUUAACAAAUGCUUUUAUCAAUGCUGAGGUUCAAUAUUCAAACAAAAAUGUACGCAACAUACGUGGCUUAAAGAAUCCAAAUCAAAUCCAAUCAGUUGACUUAAAUUAUGAUGCUAUUCAAUGUUUCGUAAUUAAGCACUUGCAGAUAGUUGUAAACACAAUCCUAAAAUUCAGAUACACGGAAGGAACUGAAUUGCUCAGUCAGAUUCUGGAGUUCCUACUAACUAUUGGUAUGACUUAUUCAUUGAAGGUUGAUAACACCGCUUUGAAGACACCGAUCUCAACAAAUGUUGCCAAGUUUUGCUGGGGUGUUUUAUUUGGGAUAUUAGAUUGUAUGGUAUUGCAAGCAGUUACGAUCAAUAAACACUCUGGUCAGGAGACUAUCAAGAACAUUACAAAUAUGGACAUAAUUAGACAUUGUGUAUCCCUACUUAAAAAUGCCGUCCCACAAUGUACUAGGGCUAUGUCCACACAUUCUUCUAACACAGAUAUUAGUCUUUGUCUGGAUUCGUUGAAACGAUCCCUUAAGCUUCUCCAAAAAGUAGAUUCUGAGGAUCAGUUGGAUCAGUACAUGCUGAUAAUGUGCGGGGCUGUUUCUGUUUUUUCUCUCUCCAUGCCGAUCGAAGACACGUUUGAAAUCUUGAACGAUUUGGUUGAAUGCAGAAAAAGGCGUCUAGAGAAUAUAUUUGAAGGUCCCCACUGGUCGGAAGUGCUUACUGAUGUGAUUCUAAGUGCCCUUUCCUUUCCUGUCCACAUGUUGCGCUCUGUCACCCGUUUAACAUUUAAGAAAAUGGUUUUGGAAAAGGCAUUUAUAAGUACCAUUAAUUCAGGUGAAGAAUAUCCUUCUUGCCUAAAACUAAUUGGUGAUAUACUUAAGACACGGUCAUCAAAACAAGCUGAUCGUGCAAAGCAUGAUGAAGACGAAGAUGACGACUCAGAAAAAGAAGAUUUAGUUCAUUUUUCGUUGUUCAAUUCGACAAAAUUAAUACAGUCUAAGGAGUUGUCUAUGCAAAUCGAUGAUUUUGAGGACGAAACCGUCUCAGUUGAAGAUGAACAAAAAAUUGCUAAUCAAGAGAGAAACUCACAAGAUACCUCAGAUGAUUCAGACUCUGAUGCAGUUGAAGAAGAGAUUGAUAUUGAUGAAGAUGAACUUAAUCAAAUUAAAAAUAGUGUACGUGAUGCACUUGGUCCAGCUGCAUUAGAUAGUGAAAAUAAUGAUAACGAUUGCCGGGACUUCACAGAUGCUGAGAUGUUUGAACGUGAUGAAGCUUUGGCAGCUGCAUUUCGUAUUCAUAUGCGUAAACCUCAACGAAUAGUCGCUGAUCAAGCUCGUUCAGUUGGUGAAUUGAAAAUGAAAUGUUUCGAUUUGAUUGAAUGUAUUCUGCAGUAUAGUUCUGAACCUCAACUUGUCUUGCCUGCUCUUGAUCUUCUGCUUGAUAUUGGCAAAGGAUCCAUUGAAUAUGAAACAGCCAAAUCACGAAAUGAUUUAAGCUCAAAUAGAAAAAUCAACCAGAAACAAAAGAGAAAAACUAGUUUUAUUGCUAAAUAUGGUGACAUACCUCCACUGUCAAGUAUAAUACUUGUUGUGAGAAAAUGGCGUUUCAGGUCGCAAAAAACUCAAUCCGAGUUUAUAGAAUCUCUCAAGAACCUUGAUCAACAUGUUUAUUUGAAAAAAAUUAUGCAAUCUCUUAUAGAUGCGGCCAAAACAACGGAUAGAACUCAAUUGUUUACAGAAUUGUUAUCCAACAUUAUAGAAUUUAUUUAUCGAAGUAUGAAACCGUUGAAAGCAGAAUUUCCCGAUUUGGAAUCACCAUUGUCUGAUUAUUUAUUAGAACAACUUCAUGAAGUUUUAAGUAAUACUAACCAUCAAGCUACACUAUUCCUUAAUCUUCUAAGUCACUGCCAAACAUUUGCACACAAGGCCUCAAAAUUGCUUGUCGAAACUACUGUGAAAGCAUGCGAAAAAAUAAUCGGUAGUUUAGAUGAUAUUCGCGAAGUUAAAAUUAAUGGUUUCGAAAGUUGUAAUCUCGUUAAUUUGUUCCAAAUAGUUACUCAUAUGUUCAAGUCAAAUAAAAAUGAGUUAAAAGCUAAGAAAAUGUCAAGGAAACUCAGUGUCAAACUAGCUGAAGUGUUGCAAACAGCAGAGAAAGCUAGCCAAUGUUCAGUGAACAACAACGUCUGGUACAAUCGUCUCAAAUUAUCGUUAGCCUUGUUCGAACUACUUAUGUGUAUUGUAAAACUUGAUGAGAAUGCUUCGUCUACGUUUCUUCAAGAUCAUAUUGUUAAACUUCUAGAGAAAUUUCCAUCAACACAAAAACCUAUCAGAUCUACAGCACGACGCUUUUUAAACUUGUUGAAAGAGAACAAUCGUAAAUCUGGCAUAUUUAAUGAAUCUGAAAGUCGACAAGAAAAAUUACGUCUUAAAAUGGAACGCAAGAAACAACGUCAACAAAAGCGUAAAGAAAAAGCCUUAAUGAAAAGGAAACCGGCGAAUAAAGCAACUGAACCAAAACGAAAUGAAGUCAACGCAAAAAAGAAAUCUCUUAAGAAUAACGCUAAUAAAUCUAAGUCAACGAUUAAAACAGUGCCUUCACCAAAGGACAGCCAAAAAGUGCGUGUUCUGAAACGAAAACGUCAACCAGAUAUCAAUAAUGGCAAUAAAAAGAGAAAAGUUACUGAGGAUUAA